AUGGCUUCCUCCUCCAGCAGCAGCAGCAGCAGCACGAUCUUCUUCGGCCGCUUCAUCGACGCUCCCUCCGCCAACGACCUGCGCAUCCGGACAGGCGCGGUGCUGGUGAGUCGGAAAGACGGCAGCGGCGUGAUCGAGAAGGCGGAUUGGACGGUCAACGGCCCCAACGAUGCGGCGAGCAAGUUGGGCGUUGAGGCGCCCGUCGUCACGGCGGGAGAGGAUGGGUUCUUCUUUCCUGGCUUCAUAGAUACGCAUAUACACGCACCGCAGUAUCCCAAUUGCGGCAUCUUUGGGAAAUCCACGCUGUUGGACUGGCUGGAGACAUAUACGUUCCCGUUGGAAUCUUCGCUGGGUACUUCCGCGUCGCCUAUGUGGGCGAAUGCCUCCAGUCCAGAUCCGCUUGCGCGCGCAAAGACCGUGUACUCGCGCGUCAUCGCUCGCACGCUGUCGCACGGGACCACGACGGCGUCUUACUUCGCCACGCUGUCCGUCCCGGCCACGAAUCUCCUGGCCGAUCUCGCCUUCAAGAAGGGCCAGCGCGCCUACGUCGGCCGCGUCUGUAUGGAUCUGGCCGAGACGUGUCCGCACUACUACCGCGACGAGUCCACCGAGGAGUCCGUCGCCAACGCUCGCGCCAGCAUCGAGCACUGUCGCGCCGUGGACCCCACCGGCGAGCUGGUCGCGCCCAUCAUCACGCCGCGCUUCGCGCCCAGCUGCAUGACCUCCACCCUUUCCGCGCUGGGCGAUCUGGCGCGCGAGCAGGACCUGCGCGUGCAGACACACAUCUCCGAGAACGUCAACGAAGUGGCACUCGUCAAGUCUCUGUUCCCCGAGCGCAACUCCUACACCGACGUCUACGACCACAGCCGCCUCCUCACGCCUCGCACCAUCCUGGCGCACGCCAUCCACCUCUCCAGCGAGGAGAUGGACACCAUCCGAGCCCGCCAAGCCAAGGUCUCGCACUGCCCCGCCUCCAACUCGGCCUUGGGCAGCGGCUUCUGCCCCGUGCGCGACCUGCUCGAUCGGGGCAUCGACGUCGGGCUCGGCACGGACGUCAGCGGCGGCUACCACCCCUCCAUCCUGGACGCGGCGCGCCAGGCCUGCCUCGUCAGCCGGCACGUCGGCUUCGUCCGCGGCGGCGAUAGCAGGUACAACGUCGGCGUGACGGAGGCGCUGUGGCUGGGAACGGUUGGGGGCGCCAAGGUCGUGGGCAUGGAGGGUCGGCUCGGCACUUUUGAGGAGGGCAUGCUCUGGGACGCGCAGGAGAUCUCGCUGGGUCGGGACGUUGCGGGCGGCGAGGACGCAGAUGUAGAUGUGCGAGACGGGGGCGUGGAUGUCUUUGGGUGGGAGACGUGGGAGGAUCGCGUGGCCAAGUGGCUGUGGAGUGGAGAUGAUCGGAACGUGGUGCGGGUGUGGGUUGGAGGCCGGCUGGUGCAUGAGUUGAAGAGUCGGUGA